AUGGGAAGAGCAUUGCCAUCGUUCCCAAAGAUAUGUACAGCUGCUCGACUUGCGUCAUGGCAGUCGAGAAGAGCCGUCUCUACGUUGCCAGGCACUCAAAUCUACGUACACGAGGAUAAGACUUCCCCUCGAAAGCUGCUCUCGCUUUCGCCAACCGAGCCUCCCAAUACUGCACUUGCGAUCGGAACCACUACACAAGUCCCUCCGACACCCGAGUCCUUCAACGAGAAUCGUGAAUUUCUCGCCAUCUUACACACCGUCAUCCGCGAGAAUGCUGCGCAGGACCCCGAUGUGCAAGCGCAAGCGCACGUCUACGCAUCACAAUCAGGCUCUGCGCUGGGUAGUGGCGGCGUCUUCUUCCCGCAACACCAGCAGAACAACCGGCGCCGUCACAGCAUGAGCAAGCAACAACCUGGCAACGUGGCUGGCCGCAGUGAUGGCUCGGGAGGAGCUAGUUCCCAGGGUGGUAUGGGAGGCGGUGGUCGUGGUGGCUAUAUCCACGUCAGCGAUCGACGCAAUCCUCCGGACUACGGUCGAGUCGCCUGGCCCGAAGACAUCUUCGGCAGUGUCGAAUUGGAUGCGAGCGGCAAAUUUGUCGACGGCACUGGCAGAUAUCAAGAAUCGGGAACAUACCGCAUAGUGACUCGCGAAGGCAUUCUUGGUCUCAGCCCUUUUCUCCAAGCGAAAUUGCUGGAACGAAUCAAGGUCCUUGAAAGCCAGGCACGACAGAACGCUUGA